AAAAAAUUGUGCAACCAUUUUGACUCAUCACUUUGGAGAUAACUAGCAAAAUGCUCUACUUGGAGGAUUACUUGGAAAUGAUUGAACAUCUUCCCCAAGAGCUACGGGACAGGUUUACGGAGAUGAGAGAGAUGGAUUUAUCCGUGCAAAAUAACACGGAUGCCCUGGACAAACGUGCUCGAGCGUUAUUCCAGCAAUGCCGUCGGGGUGAUCUACCCUCUGCAGCAGCCGAGACCGAGUAUGCAGCUAUUAGAACCGACUACUACCGAGUUUUGGAAGAUUCCGACGAAAAAAUCCAGCUAGCCGGUCAAACGUACGAUUUGGUUGAACGAUACUUGCGUCGUCUUGAUUCUGAGCUGCAUAAAUUCAAAUGCGAGUUGGAAGCAGAUCACAACGGCAUUACUGAGAUUCUGGAGAAACGCUCCCUGGAAUUGGACACAACCACCAGCAAUGGAAGUACUAAUCAGAAGGAGAAUCGUUUCUAUGAUGCUCAUAAUUCGUUCAGCACAACACACAAUGCUCGUUCAGACACUCGUUAUAAGACAAAAUCGGAAAAACGCCGUGACAGCAUUGCACCUGCCGCUGUUGCUGCUUUGGAAAAACGUUCGCUGAACAUCUCAGCACCGUCCAGCAAUGUCAGCGUUCCUUCCACUCCGACAAGUUUGGUCGGUGCAAGCCAUCAGGUGAUAAAUUCAUCUCCAGCUGCAGCUGUGGCGUACAAUUUGCAAACGUUCGGCGCUGGCAAUGCGAUUGCAGCCGCGGCCAGUCAAGCGAUUGCACAAACACAGCAAAUGCAGCAAGGGCGCCGUACUGCCAGCCUGAAAGCAUCAUAUGAGGCAAUCGGAGGUGCCGGAUCUCAUGAGCUUUUGAUAAAUAGUGAACUAGCAGGGGCAACACAUAAUGCUCUACAGGCUGUUGAGAGAGAAGCAAAUGCCUUCUCUAGUCAGCGUCGUCAAAAGAAAAAAAAUCUAGCAAAUAAAAAUUUGUCACCAUCCUUGCCAACAGCAGGCCUACAAGUUCAGCAGCCAGUGCUUUCGCAGCAAUCGACGACCGUAACGCAGUCUCCUGUGGCUUUACAACAACCGCAACCAGCAUUGCAAUUGUCACAACCUGUACUGCUGCAACCGCAGCUAGUGCAACAUCAACAACAUCAAAUUCAAUCAACAAUAACAUCAACCGUUCCAUCGCCAGUAGUCUCGACCGUACAACCGCAAUUGCAUCAUGUUAAAGCUCCGAUUGCCCAUAUGCAGAUUGCUCAUACUGGUCAUUUGCAGCAGCUGGCCAUACAGCAACAGCAGGCGCAAAAACAACAGCCGCUAACUCAGCCACAACUUCAACAACAGUCACAGCAGCUAGUACAGCAACAGCUGAAGCACUCAUCGCAACUCCAAGCUCAGCCACAGGCACAACAGCAAGCACAAUCGCAUCCGGUAUCGCAGCAACUGUCUCAGCAGCAGCUCCAGCAUUCACAAAAGCAACAGCUGCAUCAGACGACGUUGCAAUUGCAGCAGUCCCCGCUACAGUUGCACCAACCACAGCUACAGCAACAUAUUCAUCAACAAUUACAACAACAGCUACAACAGUUGCAGCAUAAGAAACAACCUCUGCUAAAACAACAAGCUUCGCUGUUGCCGCAGCAACAACCGAGACAACUGUUACAGCAACCAUCCCAACACCAACCACAGCAACAGUCACACCUGCAUAUUCAGUUGUCCCAGCAGCAGCAGCAUAUCAAGCAGAAACAACACAAACUGCCACAGCAGCAGCAGCAGCAACCCCUACCCGUUCCCCAAACUUCUCUCAUCCAAUCGCAUCAGCAACAGCAGCAGGUCCCUCAAGUGUUACAUCAUCUACAACAGCAGCAUCAAUUACAGCAAUAUCAGAUGCAAUCGAUAACACAUCAGCAGCAUCGACCUAUGUCACAACAGCAGCAACAGUUUAUGGAUAUGAACUCAAAAGAACUCAUGCACCUCCAGCAGACAUUGCAGCAUGUCCAGCCGGUGCCGUUAGCACAGCCGGCUCAGACCCAAACACAAGUAAAACAGCAAGAACAGCAACAGCAGCAGACUCAGUUGCAGCCACAGCCGCAAAUACAGUCACAACAGCAAAUUUUGCUGCAGCAGCAAUUACAGCAACAGACGCAGCAGCAAUUGCAUCAGCAGCCACCACAAUCGCAACAGCAACCCCAGCAGCAGCUUCAGGCGCAAUUGCAACAGCAGCAAUCUCAGUUACAACCUCAGCAACAAUUGCCACAGCAGUUGCCGCUUGCGUCUAUGUCAACUCAACAGCAGAUACCACAAUUACAACAAGCUCAUCUGAUGCAACCGUCGUUGUUUGCCCCGAAGCAACAAAUACCAAACCAAAUAGGUCAACUUUCGCAGCAUCAAUUAUCACACCAUCAGCAACUAGGCCAAGCAUCAAUUUUGCAACCACAGCAGUCUUUGUGUGCAUUGACCACGGUAUCUACCAUCGAUACGCCAGACUCCACUUCGGCGACUACUAUUGAUGGUGGUGGUACAGUCGCAGAACAAUCGGAAAACGAUUGGUCAUUUGAUCCUAAUGAGCCAAGAUACUGCGUCUGUAACCAGGUUUCGUAUGGAGACAUGGUAGCCUGUGAUAAUGACGGUUGUCCGUUCGAAUGGUUUCACUAUCCGUGCGUUAAUAUCACAUCGUCCCCAAAAGGAAGGUGGUAUUGCCCGCAGUGCAGUAGUUCAAUGAAGCGCAGAGCUUCGCGAAAAAAUUAGUAACUAAUUACCAGCUCAGAUCUAAUGUAUGCUAUUUCGCGGCAGCAUUUAGUUCAAAAGAAACGAAUAGCUGUUACGUCGUAUCCAUUGUACAAUAUAGACGGUGGCAUGGAAAGGCAGGAACAACAACUGUACAUGGUCAUGGUCGGAAUCGAUCGGUCUUGUAACAGGGCAGUUGUUGUUUCUGCUCGCAUCCAUCGUCUUUAUUGUACAACAUUUAAAGCCAUUCUGUUCAUUCAAUUGUCUAAUACUUUCAAACUAGCUCGAACUUUUUUUAUCGGUUGCUCGAAUUUACUUUUGCCUAAAAUUGAUUCAAUAUGUUUAUUAUUAUUAUCUUCUAUAUUAUGAUAAUAUUUUCAAUUUUUUGUGAAGAUGAACAACAUAUUUACUAUGCGAUGAACUAUAAUUUACUAAUUCAUAUAUUUUGCUUUUAAAAUAUUUAAAUACCCCCGCAGAUCUUUGUUGAUUUUCAGUCGGUCUGAGUGAUCGACCGAAAAUCGGCUAAGGCCUGCGCAUCGUAAAUCGUACGUUCGUAGAGCAGAGUGUCAAACUAAGUACAGUAUAUGUAUGUAUGUUCAGUGUAUGUUCUUACGCUUGGUAGUGCAGCAAUGUUUGGUCAAGUAUAGUUUGGUGCACUUGGUGCCCAUUGGAGUUUGCGGGGUCGGCUAAUAUACACCUAACAUUUUACAGGGUGGCAACGUGAAAGUGAUACACUCAUUCGAGUGCUCAUCGUUUUAAUUUUUACAGCUAUAGGUCCGAACGGGCAAUCAAAGCGGUGAAGGAGCGUAUUCGACGAAAUCCGGACAGUUAUUAAAACUGCAAGGAGAGAGAAAGAAAUUUUUUUGGGCUUUUUAUGACAUAAUUUAAGUGUAUCACUUUCACGUUGCCACCCUGUACAUCGUACGUAUCCCAAGGAAGGUGCCAACACUGCAGCCAGAACAUCGUAUCAUUGGAAAAAUAUUGUA